AUUAUCUUUUCAAAAUUCUUCCUUAUUCCUCUUGUAUAUAAUAGAAAAGAAACAUUCAUUCAUUCAAUAAAAUAAAAUCAAACAAAUAAUACUUUUCCAAAGUCAACGUUCUUCUUUUUUCUUCCCUUUCCAAGUAGCUGCCAUAAGUUUCUCUAAGCCAAUUAUUCUAUAGAUAGAACUUUACCAAAAUAAACUUGGAAGUGUUCAAAUUUGUAUUACUAUAAAUUUUCUUGAUCAAGAAACUUCAAAAUAUUCAUUCUUUUUCUCUACCUUCUAUUUGAUUUCUUCCAAUUUUUUCCUCCAUGAAAAAGCUGCAAAUAAUAUGUUACCACAUCACCUUUUUAUAGCAUAGGAGAAAGUAUUAGUUCUAUUCAAUGUUCAAGAUGUUCGAUUACUACAAAAAAAGUAGAACAAAAAGUUUUCAUCUUUUUUCUAUUCUUUCUUUUGCUUUGAUUAUUUUUGUUAUCACUUUUUCUGAUAGACUCAUAUCUAAUUUUUCAUCAUCCCAUUCAAUUGCUUUUGUAUCAAAAAAUAGUUCUGAACAGCCACUAAGGUCCACUUUUGUACAUAAAUCAAUUUUGUCAAAGAAGGAAAAAAUAGUCAAAGAAGAAGAAGAAAUUGAAGAUCAUGUGAAUUUGAUGCCUCUUUUUAAUCUCACAGAAGAGCAAAGAAUUUCAUGGUUCAAGAAAAAAUUGACUGAAUUUAGCAUAUUGAAGUCAACAAGAUUGUCAAGACAAUUUAGUAGCAGAGUGAACAAGUUCUUUAAUACGAAAAGUUGCAGAGUUCAGUUAUUCAUGACGUGGAUUUCCCCUGCAAAUUCUUUUGGAAGAAGGGAAUUUUUUGCGUUGGAGACUUUGUUCAAGUCCCACCCAAAAGGUUGUUUGAUAAUUCUUUCGCGAACUUUGGACACCCCUCGUGGGGCUAGAAUCUUGAGCCCUUUGACUCAAUUGGGCUAUAAGGUUGUAGCUGUGACUCCAGAGCUGUCUUUUCUGUUCAACAGUACGCCAGUUGAAUCAUGGUUUGAUGACCUCAAGAAUGGUAGAAAAGACCCUGGUGAAAUUCCAUUGGCUCAGAAUUUGUCCAAUUUGAUUAGACUAGCUGUUCUGUACAAGUAUGGCGGUGUUUAUCUUGACACGGAUUUUAUCAUCCUGAAGGAUUUUUCGAGACUCAGGAAUUCGAUUGGUGCACAAAGCAUAUCUGCAAAUGGGAAUUGGACAAGACUGAAUAAUGCAGUACUGAUCUUUGAUAAAAAGCAUCCACUUCUUUACAAGUUUAUGGAGGAAUUUGCUUUCUCUUUUGAUGGAAAUAAGUGGGGACAAAAUGGACCAUAUUUGGUUUCAAGAGUGGUAGAGAGAUUGAUGACCUCUACACAAAAAAAUCAGUUGAACUUUACUGUAUUACCACCAAUAUCAUUUUAUCCGGUUGAUUGGAUUCGAAUUCCCGGAUUCUUCAUGAAAUCAAAUACAAGAAGUCAUUCAAGAUGGAUAGAAGCCAAGUUGCUUCAACUUAGUGGUGAAACUUAUGGAGUGCACCUUUGGAACAAGCAGAGUAGUAGCAUGAAAAUUGAACAAGGAAGUAUUAUAGGGAGAUUGAUUUCUGAACAUUGUUUGUUAUGUAAAGAUAUUUACAGUUCAUAAAAAGAAAUCUCACUUGUGAAUUGAAUUCUUUAAUUUCAUAUUUGUAAAAACUCAAGACAUUUUAUUUAUAAUUUCAUCACAAGUUCUUGAUCAU